UCGUUGUUCGUUCUUUUUGCUGGAAUUAUCCAGAUUUUCGUAACGAGAGUAGUGCUUCUUUUGACCCGCUUUCUCCGUCAUGCUGCGUCAGUUCUCCUCUAAGGUUCCCACGCGUGUUCUCGAGUGGCUCCCGUUUUGAAAAUUUCCCUGGUGCUUUUUUUUUCUGGUUACACGAAUGGAUGGAUUACUAGGACAAAAAGAACAAAAUUCUACCCAAUUUUUUUUUUUGAGGAAGUGACAAUCUCACGUUUGUUAAGUAAAUUGCCCAACUUUUCGAUUCCAAACCUUCGUCAGCCAUUUUGGUAUGUGAAGUAUAUCGUCGUAUCGAUAAUUUUUGCAGAGUAAAUGCUUUGAAAGUCACAAUCGCUGUACAGUACAGGAAUUGAAGAAAUUAUAAGGAGCGUUUGAGGAAGUGGUCGUAGUGCAAUUCUUGCUCGAGUCGCUGAAAUUUGUUUUUUAUAUUCUUCAAGUGGGCCUGGCAAAUUUUAGGUAACAAGAAUCUAAGAAAAUAUGAAGCUGCCAAAUGAUAAUUUAAAAUUCUCGCGAUCUCUUGCAGUUUUCUCGUCUGUUGUGCGUUUUUCGAUGCUAGGGUUGUUGAAAUUGUGUCAUCUUUUUUUUUUACUUCCUUUCAAGUGUCAUCUUUCAAUAUACUGAAAUAGAAAAUAAUUUCAAGUCAAUGUUAAUCAGAAAAUAAGGAUUAUAAAUCUGUGUUAAGUGACGGUGGGGCAGUGGAAAAAAAAUGAACCUGGCACAAAUCGUUCUACUGCAAGCGCGAAAUGAAAAAUUUUGCGCCUGAAGGCAAUUAGUGAAAGCCCCAGGACAACGAUAGUUUGUGGAAACGAGAAAUUUUCGGGCGAAAUUUUGCCAUCUUCAGAAAAAUUAUUUCUUGAAAGUAUUUCUGGUGUAUUUUCCUCGAACAUUUUCCCCUUUUUCUUCUCUUUUCCUUUCUUGGAUUGUGACAAAAUGGUUUUUCUUUGACUAAAAUUGUAUAAUUUGAUGUUCGCAAUUCCCCGUUAUUUUAGUGCAAAAGCGUGUGUUUCAGCAUAUGCAGCAUUUUUGAAUUUGGUAGCGAGAAAUUUCAACUCUUUUCGAUGUCGUCAAAUUACUCUAAUUGGUCCUUGUGAAAGUCGAGCGGGAUUCGGAGGCGUAAUAUGCCCGUGUAAAUUAUCUUUUUGUUUUUUUCUAUGAGUGACCUCGUUUUUACUUCCUAGUCCUAUCAUUCCUUUAUCUGACCAUAACCGACUUCUUUGAUCGAGAGUAACUGAGGGACGCCUUCAUUUUGUUUGUUUUCUUGAAUAAAUAUACCUAUCGGUUAACGCACGAUGAUCAGUUCCAGAGUUCUCACUUCGACUCUCAGAAGUUCGUCGACAGUAUUGGGUCAGCGAUCGACGCCGUCUUCUCCGUCGAAGUUGUUGACACGCGUCGCGAAUCCGUCUUUGUCGACGUCGCCGCGCCGUGCGUCCCUUUUGCACACUGCAAUCGGAGUCAACCGCCAGGACUCACUGGAAGCGAUCCGGAGGAUCUCUGAAAAGAAAAAUGUUGGGGCAGGUGAUGGAUCCGACAAUUACACGUGUGACACUUCGGGGGCCGGAUCUUCCCGUCGGGCUUUUUGCACUUCCGCCGCUGUUAAGAGCGGUCCGUUGAAAGACGAGGACAGGAUCUUUACAAACCUGUAUUCUCGGCAUGAUUGGUCCUUGGCUGGAGCGAAGAAGCGCGGGGAUUGGUAUAAAACUAAGGAGAUCAUUUUGAAAGGGCCCGAGUGGAUGGUGAACGAAAUGAAAAAAUCGGGAAUGCGCGGUCGUGGCGGCGCCGGCUUCCCCACCGGCGUCAAGUGGAGCUUCAUGCAGAAGCCCCGGGACGGCCGUCCCCACUACCUCGUUGUGAACGCGGACGAAGGAGAGCCGGGCACGUGCAAGGACCGUGAAAUCAUGCGCGGCGACCCGCAUAAGUUGGUGGAGGGCUGUCUGGUCGCCGGUUCUGCCAUGGGCGCCUGCGCCGCCUACAUUUACAUUCGCGGCGAGUUCUACAACGAGAGCUGCAUCAUGCAGCGCGCCAUCAACGAGGCGUACAAAGCCGGGCUCUUGGGGAAAAAUGCCUGCGGUUCAGGCUACGAUUUCGACGUGUUCAUGCAGCGCGGCGCCGGGGCGUACAUUUGCGGCGAGGAAACUGCUUUAAUCGAAAGCCUCGAGGGAAAACAAGGGAAGCCGAGACUGAAGCCUCCGUUUCCGGCCGACGUCGGCCUUUUUGGUUGUCCGACAACCGUAAAUAACGUCGAAACCAUCGCGGCCGCCCCCACGAUUAUGAGGCGCGGGGGUGACUGGUUCGCGUCUUUCGGUCGGAAGAACAACACCGGAACAAAGCUCUUCAACAUCAGUGGCCAGGUGAACAAUCCAUGCACAGUUGAAGAAAGCAUGUCGAUCCCUCUAAAAGAGUUGAUUGAGCGUCACUGCGGUGGCGUAGCAGGAGGCUGGGACGCGUUGACGGGGGUAAUACCCGGGGGUUCCUCGACCCCGAUCCUGUCGAAGGAGUCCUGUGAAGUUGCUUUGAUGGAAUUUGACUCCCUAGUGGAGCACAAGUCAGCCUUGGGCACCGCUGCCGUCAUUGUUGUCAACAACAAGUACGAUGUGGUUUACGCGAUAGCCCGGCUGAUGGACUUCUAUGCGCAUGAAUCAUGCGGACAAUGCACUCCGUGUCGCGAGGGUUGUUCCUGGAUGAAGAAGAUGGUGCAUAGAUUCGCCGCCGGAAACGCGAAAGAGGAAGAGAUUGAUAUGCUGUGGGAGCUGUCCAAGCAAAUUGAAGGACACACCAUUUGUGCCUUGGCGGACGGCGCUGCCUGGCCCGUGCAAGGCCUGAUACGUAAUUUUAGGCCGACUUUGGAAAAGCGGAUGCAAACGUUCAAGAACGCUGCCUCUGGGCGUUCUUGACUUUUGCUUGUAGUGCACUCAGCUGUUUCCCCCUCCCCCAUUUUUUUGUUCGGUAAUGAAGCAAUUGAUCGCUUGCCAAGGAUCUCUUUUCCUGGUGAUAGUUGCCUUGCUUGCUGCCAGAUGGCUCUUAACCUCAAUAUGGCGACGAACUGCAUUCAGGAAAUGAAAACACUCCGCGACGCAAACCAAAAACAAGCUUGAAGGUCAUUGUCAGGAAUGCUUUGGACGUUAUCUUGAAGGACUGUCUCUGAAAUAAUCCACGUGUUUCGACACUAAAACCACUCCUUAUUAUCGUUGAUAUUUUUCUGAGACGAAUCUGAGUAAACCAGCGAUUUUUGCUUUUUUUCCUUGAUUCUGGGG